AUGCCCUACAUUUUGAUUAGAGGUAAUCUAGCUUCAUACGGGCAUAAAAACCCUUGGAGAGUAUUGGUAUCCGGCUUAAAAGCUGGAGAUAUAGAACAAUUGAAAAGAUUUGCAUGUGGAGGAUAUUGUGAUGACUCAACGAUUGUCUACCUUCAACAUCCUUGCGUCAUUCUUAGCGCUUUAGAAGUACUAGGCUAUAAAGUGGUAGCAUCAAGUUCAACUGCAGUAAAACAAGAUUAUAAUGAGUACAUGUGGACUAUGAGAAAAGAGUUUUCAGAACCAGAGCCGUCUAUUAUAGUAGAACAAGAUAACAUAACAAACUUUAGUAAGGAGGCCAUGCACAUGGGAAACUAUCAACAUUCAAAUAAGGACGACGAGGUCAGUUGGGAUACAAGA